CGUCAUCUUUAUUUGACAGACGAUUACUUGCAGUUUUGAUUUCCAAUUUCAAAGAGAAUUUCCACAAUGACCGACGUUUUAAUCGCAGAAAAGGACGACAUCACCGAUGUCAAUAAGCCUCUAAAAGACACCAGCAGCGUCUUGGAGGACCUCGAUACCGAAGAUUUGUACACAAAAUAUAAGAAACUGCAAAAGACACUCGAGUUCCUCGAAGUGCAAGAAGAGUACAUUAAAGAUGAGCAACGUAAUCUCAAGAAGGAAUAUUUGCAUGCGCAAGAGGAAGUAAAGCGUAUCCAGUCCGUUCCGCUGGUCAUCGGUCAAUUUUUGGAGGCGGUCGAUCAAAAUACGGGCAUCGUUGGUUCGACAACCGGCUCAAAUUACUACGUUCGAAUCCUUUCGACGAUCGACCGGGAAUUGCUCAAGCCGAGUGCGAGUGUUGCGUUGCACAAACACAGCAAUGCCCUUGUCGAUGUCUUGCCGCCCGAAGCCGACAGCUCAAUUUCGAUGUUGCAACCGGAUGAGAAGCCCGACGUGCAGUACGCCGAUAUCGGUGGCAUGGAUAUGCAAAAGCAGGAGAUCCGGGAAGCUGUCGAGCUGCCACUUACGCACUUUGAGUUGUACAAACAGAUCGGUAUUGAUCCGCCGCGUGGCGUUUUGAUGUACGGACCUCCCGGAUGCGGCAAGACAAUGUUGGCAAAAGCUGUCGCGCAUCACACAACAGCUGCCUUCAUUCGUGUCGUUGGCUCGGAAUUCGUGCAAAAGUACUUGGGCGAAGGUCCUCGCAUGGUGCGUGACGUUUUUCGACUUGCCAAGGAAAAUUCGCCGGCAAUUAUCUUCAUUGAUGAAAUUGAUGCGAUCGCGACGAAGCGUUUUGAUGCCCAAACCGGUGCCGAUCGUGAAGUUCAGCGUAUUUUGUUGGAGUUGCUGAACCAAAUGGACGGUUUUGAUCAAACGACAAACGUGAAGGUCAUCAUGGCAACGAAUCGUGCUGAUACCUUGGAUCCUGCUUUGUUGCGUCCGGGACGUUUGGAUCGUAAAAUUGAGUUCCCGUUGCCCGAUCGUCGGCAGAAACGUUUGAUUUUCUCCACAAUUACGGGAAAAAUGAACUUGUCGGAGGAUGUCGACUUGGAGGAUUACGUGGCGAGACCCGAUAAAAUUUCUGGAGCAGAUAUUAAUGCCAUUUGUCAAGAGGCGGGCAUGCAUGCCGUGCGCGAAAACAGAUAUAUCGUCUUGGCGAAGGACUUUGAGAAGGGCUAUAAGAAUAACAUCAAGAAGGAUGAACAAGAACACGAGUUCUACAAAUAAGAAGUGUUUGAGUUUUUUUUUGCUAUUUCUAAUAAAAAUUAAAAAAUAAAUCAUAAUAA